AUCAGCAUCAGCAUCAGCAUCAGCAUCAGCAGGGUGGAGCUGCUGGGCAGCGAUUGGAGGAUGAUACCAAUCGCUCCAUCUCAUCCAUAGAGGAGGACUUCACAACAGCUUCGGAACAUUUGGGAGACGACAGUGAAGACGACGGCUUCAGAAACGAGUCACAGAGUGGAGACUUGGCAGACAUCCUGGUGGAGAUGGCACAGAAACACUGUGUAAAACGUACAUGUCAAAGGGGACAGGUGGCUCAACCUCAGGGCAGGGAGGAUGUUGAUGUCAAAAGAGAAAGCCAACAGCUGCUCAGCUACCAAGUUAAGGAAUCAGCUGGUCAUUACGCCACCAAUCUGGCUGAGUCAGUACUACAAGAUGCUUUUAUACGCCUCUCUCAAGAUGAGAACUCUUUCGUCUCUGAGGUUGCUGUCAGCGUUUCCCCCACAAGUCCUCCGUCACACUUCCCCGACUCAUCAAAGACCAAACAACGCACCUGCUCUUUUGAACUCCCCAAGAUUGUCAUAGUCCAGAGCCCAGACAUUUCUGAUGGGGGGACAGAAUGGCCAGAGACUCAGCUGUCUCAUGUCCCUAACCAGGGGACUUUAGCUGAAGUCAGAGAACUACCAGAGAAAGACACAAAGGCUUAUAUUCCCCACACUUCUACAUCCAAACAUGUGGAGGUGGCUUUGGCAUGUGCUGCCAGUGUCAUUGGAACUAUUACCACUCCACAACUGACUGAGAAACUCACUAUGGACUCAGCUUCGGAGGAGGAGGAGGAGACAGAGGAAGAAGAGGGUAAUCUCAUUUCAAGAUGCCAUGAUGAGAUUUUAGCCUGUUUUCUCUCCAAGAUGAUGUGA